AUGGUUGCCCUAUCACUUAACGCGCUGGUAGCAGCCCUCACCUCCCCACUAGCCCUACACGGCAUCGCCUCCACCAGCAGCACCGCUAGCCCAACCGCGCUCGGCCUGCGUAGCACCACCCCACUGGGCCAUGGCGUACCCCUCCGUAUCAUGCCCCUAGGCGCCUCUAUCACCUACGGUACCGCCUCCACAGACGGCAACGGCUACCGCGCCUCGCUACGCUCCCAAAUCGUCUCUGGCCCGGGCAACCCCGUCAACAUGGUCGGCUCGGAGCAGGUCGGCACCAUGGUCGACAACGACGUGGAAGGGUGGCCCGGGUACCGCAUCGAGCAGGUGCACGAGCAGGCCCUCCUAGCCGCGUCCACCCCGCAGUGGCACCCCAACGUGUUCCUCAUCAACGCCGGCACCAACGAUGCCGCGCAGCACUACCACGUGUCGGCGGCCGGGGACCGCAUGGAGGCCAUGCUGGACGACCUGUGGCGCAUCUCGCCGCGCGCCGUCGUCGUGCUGAGCACCUUGCUGGUCAACCGGAAUGCCUCGACCGAGGCUAACGUGGGUAUAAUCAACACCCAGCUGCAGGCGUUGGCCACGAAGCUGCGUUUCCGCCAGGGGCGCCGGAUCGUGCUGGUGGAUAUGCACAGUGAGGCUGGGCCGGGGACGGCUGAUCUGGUGGAUGGGACGCAUCCGAACGACGGCGGAUAUGUGAAGAUGGCGAAUAUAUGGUUUCAGGGCCUGGUCGUGGCUAGCGAUCUCGGUUGGUUGCUGCCGCCGCAGUGGUUGGACGGUGUGCCCGACGAUGGUGCGGCGACCACUACUGAUACUCCGGAUGAUGCUGCGGAUGAUAAUAGCCCGGUCACCGAUUGA